GUGGAACUUGGCUAGCAAAGGCUUGGUUAGGCGGAAAACGAAAAAUUAUGGGCAGAAGGCUCUACCAGUUGUCAUGGCUUCCGUCCAUCUUCAGAUUCGCCACAAGUCAAGGAUUCUCCAAUGCAGGCAAUCCGUUUCGUAAUGGCUCAGCUUUCUCCUAUCUCCUUCAAGCCCAAGCAUCGCGAUCAUAUGCUCGCAGUAGACGUUACUAUGAUCUAUUUAAGGGUCGUGUACCUGGAGCCAAGGAAUUCAGGAAAACUUGGGCUAAAGAAAUGGAAGAUGAGGAUAACUGUUUAUGGACUGGAAGUGAGGACGAGAGUGAGCCUGAAAAUGGACCAAGUUCUUUGAAGAAGGAAAUCAGAAAGGCCAAACAGCGAGCUAUAGAACACUCAGAUCGAAUUGAUGCAGAUGACAGUGAUGAGCUAAGAAGUGUGUGGUCUGGUAGUGAUGAAGAUAAGACGCUGUGGACGGGUAGCGAAGGAGAUGAUGAUGAUGACAUUCCUACAGAAGCGUACCCGAAUGAGAAAAGUGAUGAGUAUAUAGAUAAACUGUUUGAGUUUGAUGAAAAGCCAAAGUAUCAAACACUCUCUGAGGCUUUAAAAGAUGAGGAACCUGAGGAGUUAUCCCCCGGAAAGCAAGCUAGGAAACUUGCAGUUGAAAAUGCCCUUAAGAAAUUGAAGAAGGGGCCUGAUGGUAGGUACAUCAAUGUGUGGGAGGUCAUGAGUGAUCUGGACAUUCUAAUAGGGGCUUUUGAGAACAUCAUUUCAGGGCCAGAAUAUGCUGAACUCAGGCAGGGGGGACCUAAGAAGUUGAAUAUGCAGUUCUUUAAGGACAUUCAAGCUCGUAUGAGAGAUCCAAACUAUAAGUUCUCUCCCGAACUAAAGUUAAAACCGAAGAGCAAAGUGGUACCAAGAAAGAAGUGGCAGAAGGUAGAAUCUAGACGUAGGAAAGCCCAGAAACGCUAGCUAAGUUGUAGCCUUUUCUUGGCAUCCAAACUUUUGUAGGUGAUUGAAGAAAUGGAGCUGGCAUUUGUAGAAUUUAAUGCAGAAAAGUGUUUCAGCUUUAAUUUGAGAAUACUUGGUAGGUACAAUAAACACCCAAAGACUGAUUCUUUAUAUAAUAUAAUGUUACUGCUAUGGAUAGUCUAUGAGACUCAAACUAGGAUGCUUUAUAUAAUAUAAUGUUACUGCUAUUGAUAGUCUAUCAUACUCGAACUAGGAUGCUUUAUUUGAUAUAAUGUUACUGCUAUUGAUAGUCUUAUCAGACUCGAACUGGGACGGGGUGAUCAAUUUACUCAAAUAUGGUAGCUAUUCAUGUUCAUGUUCUGCCAGUAGCCGAUAGGUGGAACCAUGUCAAAUUUAUGAUCCAUCACCAUCCUUGGUUGAUUCAUGUACACAUUGUCCAUGUGUUCGAUGGGAUGCAUUCUCUGCAUAUAGGGGUUCACUGUCAUGGGAGAUGGAUUCCUGUACUGGUACACCUGCAUGUUAUUCAUCAUGUUGUAUGGUGGAUAAUGAUAUUGUUGACCAGCUAACUCUGGAUGUUCUUUCCCUUCCAUAGUAGUAAAAUAGGGAAAGUUAGAUUUGGGACCUAGGGAAUCCAUCAUGGAAUUCUCCUUUCUUCCCACAAUGCUUGCAUAGUCCUGAUGUACAUGUGGAUUAUCCAUCUCCAUUGUUGUAGAAAACUUCUCGUCUCUUUCUCCUUCCUGGGACUCAAAUGCCAUACUCUGUUUAAAUGGCUUUUCAUUGCCCAGAGUCUCAUAGAGUUGGGGUAACAUAGGCUGUCUCUUGGAUGCCCUGACACUGUUGAUUUGGCUGUGAACUUGGUUCUGGUAGUUUUCAUCACUCAGCCACUUAAGAAGUUCCAUGUUGUGGUAAUCACCAUUGAGGAGCUCUGGGUUCUGGUACUCACCAUCCCUGUAUUCAGAUCCUUUUUCUUGGUUUGCCAGUUCUUGAAGUGACAAAAGCUCUGCAUGUUUGCCUGAUUUGAGUAGCCUCAUGAUCACUAUUUCAGCAUCAACAUUCCCAGAUACUAUAACCUUCUGCUCUUCAACAUCCAUGCUCACCUGGUAAACCCCUGAGUAAAAACCCCACACAACACUAUAGUUUAGGCAAUCAAAGAAUGACAUUUUUCUAGAGUACUAAAGUAAAACAUGGAAGAUGGAACAAGAAGGUUUCAUACCUUCAAUCUUCUUGAGGAGUUUCUUCACUUUCUUCCUGCACCCUGCACAGUUAAUCUGAACUUUGAGAACAUGGGUCUGCAAGAACAAGAAGAAAAAGACAGAAACAUGUUACAGAAAGAAUGAGAGAGGCAAAUGUUAAAGGAAGGGAAUGUGAGUGUGACCUGAAUCUUCAGAAGCUCAAUUUCAUCAAUAGCAGACAUUGCUAGCAGUGUUUAGUUGCUUUGUUCUCUUUUGGCAAAUGAAGGGUGUAUUGCUUCUCCCUACUUUUAGCUUGUUUAUACUGCAAUGAUAUUACAUUAUUUUGCCA